AGCAAUGGAGGCAUGCUCUGACUUUAGCCAGCAAGAACAGGCCUUGCCAGAGAAGCCCCAGAGAAGGAAAUGUUCAUGGUCCAUCCUGUCAGGCAUGAAGAGACUCUGUGUCUGUAACCAAUCUGACACCUCGAUGGCAGACAGGGAUGAGGAGAGAACAAUUUCCUCACAAAGAAGGUGGAGGCACUUGUCCCGGAAGAAGAUAGCAGCUGAGAACCAGGUGGAGUCAGAGGAGGUGAAGCUGCAGGAGGAUACAGGGAAAGUUGAACUGGAUCCUACAGACCCCCGGGGAGCAGCUUCCCUCAGCCCAGCUCCAAGCCCUGCUGAUGAGAGCCGUGAAGGUCUGACGACACCCACCCUGGAGCGAUUUCAAGCCGCCGAGGAAGAGCUGAGGACCAUCGUGUCUCUACGGAGACAAGAUGGAGAGAGUUGGAGACGUCGUGGGACGUAUCUUAAUCUGGCUGGACAACGUCUGUCAUCCCAGAGCCAGAAAAGCAGCACUGAGGGCCACGGCCUUGCUGGCUCGUUCCCACCCCAGGACGUGGUUCUGAGCUGUGUGGCACACACGCUGUCCUCGGACAGGUGGCUCUUUAGUGAGCAGGUGCAGUUCGGGUGUCUCUUGGAAGUAUCCAGGUUUCUGGCUCUCUAA